AGGUGGCAUAGGAAGUGGAGGCAAAGAAAAGCUUUUCAAAAUGUCUAUCAUCUUCAUCUCAACAAGGCAGUUCCUAAGCAUAUGUCUCCUCUCUUUUGUGUUAUCUUUCUCUAAUGGAAUGGCUCUAACUCCGAGAUCUCCCAUAAAAGCAGUGAAUCUUGGAGGUUGGCUGGUUACAGAAGGUUGGAUUAAACCUUCACUCUUUGAUGGCAUCCCAAACAAAGAUUUCUUGGACGGGAUAGGACUUCAAUUUAAAUCAGUAACAACUGGGAGGUAUCUCUGCGUAGAGGAUGGUGGAGGAACAAUCAUAGUUGCAAACAAGACAGUUGCCUCUGGUUGGGAGGCAUUCUCAAUAACCUGUCCUACUUUUCAUUUUAUUGCUUCUUGUUUGAACCUCCCAAUCUGUGUAACUUUCAUGAUUGUUUUUGUUGUUCUUUUUUGGGCACAAUCAGAAGCGCUAGUGACAGCUGAUUGUCAAGGGAGCAAUGAAUGGGGGGACAAUGAUCCAUCAGUGUUCUUGAUGACCUGUACCGGAAGAUUGCAGGGUGAAUUUCAAGUCACUAAUAGGUAUGGUCCUGAGAAUGCUCCGAAAGUCAUGAGGGAGCACUGGAAAACAUUCAUUGUUGAAGAUGACUUCAAAUUCAUAUCGAAAAAUGGCCUGAAUGCAGUGAGAAUACCAGUAGGGUGGUGGAUAGCAAGUGAUCCUUCACCUCCUUGGCCUUUUGUUGGGGGUUUCUUAGAAGCCUUAGACAAUGCCUUCUCAUGGGCAGAAGCCAGGUUCCUUUUUCAAUUGCCUUCAAAAGAAAUGGCCAUAAACAACAAUUUGGGAAGUGUUUCGCACCCAACCAUUCCACUCUUUAAGGGAAAUGGAUAUGAAAUUUGGAGUACUAAAAUGAAGACUUUAUUUAUGUCCCAAGACUUAUGGGACUUGGUAGAGAGGGGUUACACAGAAGCUGCACUCUCAGCAGAGGCACUCAAGGACACAAAGAAGAAGGAUGUGAAGGCGUUGAUGAAAAGGUAUGAGGAUCCUGUGGAGAAUGCUUUCUACAACAAGCUACAACUGCCCAGAAACAAAUGUGGAGGAAACUCUUUAGAGUUUAGUAACAAAGGUGGAUUCAAUAGAGGACAAGGUGCAAUCCGAGGUGGAAGAAGAGGUUGUGGAGGUCGAUUUGGCAACAUUAGGCAUCAACAUAGAGCCAAUGAAAGAAGUGACUACCAAAGUUCAAUUCAGUGCUUUGUUUGUAAGAGUGGCUGCAGCAAUCACAUGACAGGAAACAUUAAUCUCUUCAUCAACCUGGACAAGUCAGUGAGCAAAAAGAUAACCAUGGGUGAUGGUACCAUACGAGAAGCACAAGGAAAAGGUAUGGUUAAAUUGGAUGAAUAUGGCAAGAAUUGUAUUGAAGAUGUUUUGUUCGUACCUCAUUUGGAGUCUAAUUUGCUAAAUGUGGUGCAUGGUUUGCCUAUCAUUGAACAAGUUGAUGGUGUGUGUGAAAGCUGUGUUUAUGGCAAACAGUAUCAAGAUGCUUUUCCCAAAGGAAAGGAGAGAAGAGCUUUGAAACCUACUGAGUUGAUACAUGCAGAUGUUUGUGGGCCAAUGAAUACUUUGUCUCUCAACAAAAGCAGGUACUUUAUUGUCUUUGUUGAUGAUUUUAGUAGAUUGACAGGGGUUUACUUUGCCAAAGAAAAGUCAAAUGCCUUCCCGAUCUUUAAAAAAUUCAAAGCUCUUGAUGAAAAGCAAAGUGGAUGUUCAAUCAAAGUUCUGCGGAUAGAUCAAGGUGGGGAGUUUGUUUCAGCUGAAUUUAACAAAAUUUGUGAAGAUUUCGGCAUCAAAAGGCAAUUGAUAGCAAGCUAUACCCCUCAACAAAAUGGGAAGCAAUCCACAUUGCAGCUUAUAUUCAGAAUCACAGUCUCACAGCAGCUUUGCAUCAUCAAACUCCUUUCGAAGCUUGGCAUGGCUAGAAGCCCAAGUGAUGAAACUAAAGGUUAUAGAUUUUAUGAUCCUAUCACCAAGAAGUUACUAAUCAAUCGUGAUGUGAUUUUUGAUGAGAAAAAUUCAUGGAAUUGGAAUGAAAAGAAAAGUCCAGGUUCUGUGGUGGUUGAUGGCAUUUUGGAGGAUGAUCCAAUCAUGAUUGAAGGUGAAAUGGGUGAAGGUCAAGUUUCCUCUACACCUAAUAGUGGCAGUAGAUUGUGUCCAUCCUCACCUGAGACACCUCCACCCCCAAGGAAGGCAAGGAGAGUAAAAUCCUUGGUGGAACUCUAUGAACAAAGUCAAAGGUGUCAAAUGGCACAUGUGGAGAAGCCUAGCUAUUUUGAGAAAGCAACGUAGAACAGAAAAUGGUGCAAAGCUAUGGAUGAGGAAAUAGAGGCCUUGGAAAGAAAUCAAACAUGAGAGCUUGUGGACUUGCCUAAAGAAAACAAAGUUGAAAGUCUAAA